AAAUAUCCUGUUGAUGCUUGAGAUGAAACAAGCUGGUGGGGACGUUUCCAGAGACCCUGGCGCGCAGCUGAGUGCAUAUGGCGCACAAAACGUCUCAUCUUCCCUCAAUCUACAAGUGAGAGACUUCACUUCGGACACGUCAGUGGUGGAUAAGGACUGGAGACUUUGAUGGAAUGUGGAUCUCUUCACAAUAACUUGAACAUAAGAAGAAAAAAUGACAUCUAGUGCGUUUGGGAAAGCGUGACUAACUCGUGCUAGUAUUCUUGUUGAUCUGGAGCUUGUGAGAAUAUGCACAAGUUGAAUUGAUUCUAUCGGACGGUAUUUCGACCUUGUCUGGAUGUGGUCACACAGUUUUUCGGGUGAAGAUAGAGGGAAGUUUGAAAGGACAUAUAAUGAGAAUAACACACUGCUAGCGGUACUGAGGCUGCGGGCUGCAUCUGGAGCACACGCGAGGAGAGCAGACAGAGGCGCGCGCUUCUGCUGUAGACAGAUACGUGGGAAAGAGAAUAUGUAGAGCCUGCUAUUUCGAAGUAAACCAUGGUUUACCAUUGAGCUUUCUUUGAGGAUUUAAGGACAUUUACAAAAAAACGGUUGUUUAAAAGAAGUUGACAGCUCAUCUUCUAUGGAGUCCCAUUGCAAUUUUGGAGACUCGUUGUGGGACAAAAAUGGACCGCACGAACGGACUGAGCUCCAGGAUUAUCGUUGUGUUGCUCCACAGUAAGAUGUAGCCUGUUGUGUGUUCUUGGUGCUUAUGGAAACUUAAUUGCUACAUUUUCAUAAAACAUAGGCUACAGAUGCCACGUUUCAUGCGUAAAGAUACGGACGAUGUAUUUAUUUGGUUGUUAUGAUGCGUGUGCAUUUCAGUUCAACAAUAUUGCAACUGCAUGUCUACAUUUCCAUCACCGUCCAAAGCGUCAGGCAUCUUGUCCAGUGCAUGUGCCCUGCAGUUGCUUGUCCUGGAUGGAGCGUCAAUAAGGGCACGAAUAUAAUCACACGGACACGCCUCGUCAGUCAUUAAACAAAUCAGAUAAACACAGUGUUAAUAUGAUCAAUAGACUGUAUCGACGAGCCCGUAUAUAAGGCUAAUGAUUGGCCUAGCCUCUGUUUACUGAACAUGCCUGCGAGAAUAUGGUGUGAAAUUUUCAGAUGACUGCUGACAGGUCAUUGAAAUAGACAUAUGAUAAAGCAGAGUAAAAGUUUAGAUUCGUAGGUACAUCAUAUUAAACUCUUCAAUAACAGAUGGAAUAGCCAUAGUUGAAAACUGCUGCUCUGACAGUAGAAUGUCUUUGAGAAUUCAUGAACAGGGUGCAUUUUUUGGCUCAUUUAUAAAGAGUGCUUUUUGAAAUAUUUAUAGACACUAUUCUGCAGGAUGAAUGCUGUGAUGAGCAUGGUGAACCAGCCUCCAGACUUGAUGGCCCCCAGGCAAGCGGCCAAGGGUUCAUUUUCCAUCUAAUUGGCCUGAGUUCAGGUGAUUGGAAUUAUGGGGUGAUUUCUAUCUCUACAAGCUGACAGAAACAUGGAUUUGAACUUCUCCACGGUCCGCGAUAGCGAUAAUUUGCUGGAGAGAGACUCAUCCAAGCGCGUUCUGACAGGCUGCUUUCUCUUUGCGCUCAUCCUGACCACACUGCUGGGGAACACACUGGUAUGUGUUGCAGUCACCAAGUUCCGCCACCUGCGCUCAAAGGUCACCAACUUCUUUGUGAUCUCUUUGGCCAUUUCAGACCUGCUGGUGGCCAUCUUGGUGAUGCCAUGGAAGGCAGCAACGGAGAUCGUGGGCUUCUGGCCAUUCGGUGCCUUCUGUAAUGUCUGGGUGGCGUUCGACAUCAUGUGCUCAACAGCGUCCAUUUUGAACUUAUGUGUCAUCAGUGUGGACAGAUACUGGGCGAUCUCAAGCCCAUUCCGCUACGAGAGGAAGAUGACACCCAAGGUGGCGUUUAUUAUGAUCAGUGUGGCAUGGACGCUGUCUGUGCUCAUCUCUUUCAUCCCUGUGCAGUUGAACUGGCACAAGGCUGCGGCGUUGGAGCUCAACGGCACUUACGGUGAGCUGCCGCCGGACAACUGCGACUCCAGCCUUAAUAGGACCUAUGCCAUCUCUUCCUCCCUCAUCAGCUUCUACAUCCCUGUGGCAAUCAUGAUCGUGACUUACACCCGGAUUUACAGAAUUGCCCAGAUACAAAUCAGGAGGAUCUCAGCACUGGAGAGGGCUGCGGAGAGUGCCAAGAACCGCCACAGCAGUAUGGGCAACAACUCCAACAUGGAGACGGAGAGCUCCUUCAAGAUGUCUUUCAAAAGAGAAACCAAAGUCCUAAAGACCCUCUCUGUCAUAAUGGGGGUGUUUGUGUGCUGCUGGCUGCCCUUCUUCAUCCUCAACUGCAUGGUACCCUUCUGUGAGCCCAACGGCCCCUCUGAUUUCCUCUGCAUCAGCCCCGGCACCUUCGACGUGUUCGUCUGGUUCGGCUGGGCCAACUCCUCACUCAACCCCAUCAUAUAUGCCUUCAACGCGGACUUCCGCAAAGCGUUCUCCAUCCUGCUGGGCUGCCACAGACUCUGCCCGGGCAGCAAUGCCAUAGAGAUAGUGAGCAUCAACAACAAUGGAUCCCAGCCGCCUGCAUCCCAGUAUCAGCCCAAAGGGCACAUUCCCAAGGAAAGCAACAAUGCCACCUAUGUGAUUCCCCACAGCAUCCUGUGUCAGGAGGAGGAGCUGCAGAAGAAGGAUGGGGUUGGGAUUAAGACCUUGGAGAAACUGUCCCCGUCCCUUUCUGGGAACUUGGGCAGCGAUGCCGAUGUGUCACUGGAAAAGAUUAAUCCUAUAACUCAGAACGGCCAACACAAAACUGUGACAUGUUGACGGGUGUAUGUAUUGGUAUACAAACAUGAGAAGGAACCCAGAGGGAGAGACUUGGCAGUAUGCCUAGCAGAAGUGUGGUAUAUACAAACUGAGCUUCACUGCGAACCUUAAAACUCAAAUCACUAUGGAAAUCUACAGAAUGUUUCAAAUGAAGGCACUUUAUCCUGGAUAACUAUCUGCAAAACACCUUCAGCAUUUAUUAUUAAAGUAUAGACAGAUUUGUUGAUAAAUGUUCCAUAACUUGAAUAAAGUAAAACGAAAUACACACGUGUAUACAUGUGUUGUAUUUACAAAUAUGUAUACAUUUGCAUGUGUACACAGUAGUGACAAAUAUCCUGGAAGCUGUUAUAACAUGGAGAAAGAAGUAGAAAUAUUAGCAAAAUGUCUCGUAGGUAAGUGCUUUACAUUUAUAUGUACAGCGUGUUUCAUAUUCUUACAAAGAUAACUAUAAAGAUAAUUGGUUUUGAUUGUUUUUUUUCGAUGUCAACAACAGUGUAUAAUUAUUUAAAAUUUUAUUUUAUAAUAAUGAUCAUAAUUUAUUAGAGAGUUGAAUACACUUCUGGUUAAUGAUAACUGACUAAAAUAAUAUGGAGAGAGACCAUAGGAUGGUGAAAAUGGUUCAAAACAACCCUCAUCAAUUCUUGCAUUUGUGUUGUUGUGAAAUUGAAGUGGUAAGCCUCAGCGUGGUAGGGUUGUGGUAAGGUAUGGUGUAUACACAUGUAUGCAUUUGUAUUGUUGUGAAAUUGAAGUGGUAAGCCUCAGCGUGGUAGGGUUGUGGUAAGGUAUGGUGUAUACACAUGUAUGCAUUUGUAUUGUUGUGAAAUUGAAGUGGUAAGCCUCAGCAUGGUAGGGUUGUGGUAAGGUAUGGUGUAUACACAUGUAUGCAUUUGUGUUGUUGUGAAAUUGAAGUGGUAAGCCUCAGCGUGGUAGGGUUGUGGUAAGGUAUGGUGUAUACACAUGUAUGCAUUUGUGUUGUUGUGAAAUUGAAGUGGUAAGCCUCAGCAUGGUAGGGUUGUGGUAAGGUAUGGUGUAUACACAUGUAUGCAUUUGAUAGUUAGAACACGUUGUCAGUUACGGAGGCUUUAAAUACCUUUCAUUUUCACAGAGAUACAACAUCUUAUGCCAAGUAUGUCAUAUUUCUAUAUAUUUUAGUUGCAUUCCCCUUUUGUAGUACAUGAUUUUCCCAAUUGGGAAAUGCAAAAGUGUUGAUGGAGCUCACUCUGAUUGUCACACUGGAUUUCAAAGAAUCUUCUGUCAAAACUGAUUUUAAAGAACCAACUGUCAAACCUGAUUUUAAAGAACCAACUGUCAAACCUGAUUUUAAAGAACCAACUGUCAAACCUGAUUUUAAAGAACCAACUGUCAAAACUGAUUUUAAAGAACCAACUGUCAAAACUGAUUUUAAAGAACCAACUGUCAAACCUGAUUUUAAAGAACCAACUGUCAAACCUGAUUUUAAAGAACAAAUUGACAAACCUGAUUUAAUAGAACAAACUGUCAAACCUGAUUUUAAAGAACCAACACCAUGUGUCUAACAGUCCCAUGUGAAACAGGUCCUACUUUCUAAGCCCUCCUAGCACACAUCAUCGCAUCAGCAAGUCAAGUCAAGUCUACCAGUGUAGCUGUAGCAUAGGCAUCACCGUGGACACAGUUCUCUCCCAACUUCAUCCCCAUUACUCUCUCCCAAUAGACACGUCUUCCCCUAAAAAGUGGUACCUCUUCACACUCUUAGGGCAUCAGUGAUUCUUUUGGCAAGUCGGGGCCCAUCAGACAUUUCUUCAAGUGUUUUACAAUUGGCAUCCUAUUCCCUAAAGGCUCUGGUCAAAAGUAGUGCACUAUAUUAGGACGCAACCUUCUACUGUCCUAAUGCAGAGAGCUGAUUCUGAUUCUAUUAAUGGUCAGUGUGCAUGGAAACAAUCAGCUUAGUGAGCAGCAGUAAAUGCCGUCAAUGCAUAAUUGAAAAAUGUAAUUAUUGCACCUUAUGCAAGUCAACAGUCACACAGCCAGAACACAAUUGACCUUUGGUAAACCGCUGAAAACUGAUAUUGUGAAUUGUUUAAGCUGGAGCUAUGAUGUUUUAGGGAACAGUGGGACUGUUGUUGUGCUCAUAGCAGCCAGAUUGUUAAACACCCACUGUAUGCUUUGGUCCUGUAACUCUUCUAAUCAAUUAUCUCAUUUGUAGCUGUGACUGUUGAGAUGUUUUCUAUGCAGUAUUGAAUUUGACCGAUGGCAAACAAUAUGCUGUUGGUGAAAAUGAGGAGCAGUUCUAUAGAGCUAGUGUGGUUAAGGCUUUCAAUUAGUACCUGUAUGGUUUUUCAUUUCAGGAGGCAUUGCAUGACUCUACAUUGGAAUUAGGACAAUUGGAUUUUGCGGUGUGCAUUGGGUGAAGGACAUAUUUUAACACUCUUUACAAUUCCCAAUUUAUCAUAGCUCCAUGAUGGGAAGUCUACGGCACAUGGUUUUGAUGUCAAAAUGAACUAGAGUUAAUGCAUUGUGGCUCAGUUGUUUCCAGGCCUCAACCUUGUUCUUGUAUCGACAGGUGUAAAAGCAUGGAAUUGUAUCGCCAGGUAUAAAAGCAUGGAGUUGUCAUACAUCAAUGGUAAUUUAAUGGUAUUAGUCUUAAAUUGGUUCUGGGAAAUCAAAUUUGGUAUAAAUGCAACAGGGAGAACGUUUUUGAAUCAGCAUGUUACUUAUGAGUUACAAAAAGAGGUUGAGAAGCCACCUAGCUCCACCCCCUCCUGUAAUCCUAUUGAGUUUUUAUGACCUCAUUUUAUUUGCCUGGCCCUGGAUUCUUAAGAGUGUAUGUCCAUCAAGUCUAGCCUUCUAUGACAAGUGCCAAAAUAUGAACUAUCUCUGAGAAGACCUCUGUCUCUGUCAUUUUGUAGAUGAAGGUGGAACGUGCCCACUGCUCAGCUCUACUCCAAUUGUCAAGGGGUGCUAGAAGCCAUCAAUACCAUAAUAAACACGUUUUUUUUUAAAGUGCUGACUUGAUAUAGUAGCAUCUGAUUUUAAAAAGGUUUUUCCAAAGGCAUUAUGUCUUUGACGAAGGCAAAACAGCAGCAUCUAUGUGAAGUGAAGGUUGGCCUUUUUCCAUUUUCUACCAUAUCAGUUGUCCUAUUCCCAAAUAUUGACCAGUCUCUCUAUGAUUAACUAUAUCCUUUGCUUAUAAUUUAUUUUCUAAUUAUUUACAAACAUGAGUCUGCUCAAAUCUACGAUAAAAAAUGAACUCUGCAUAAUCUGAGCAGCUAUGGGGUACAUUCUAGAAGACUGUCUUUGUUUGCUCAGUGCUCCUCCUGUCAGGCCCCGUCUAAUCAGUGGAGAAAGCUGUUACUCAGAGGGAUUUAGUUCAUUAGUAAACAAUCCUUCCCUGCUGUUCCCCUCUGUGGUUCUAUCACAACACGCACACCUGGGCAUACAACUAGGUAAUUGGGCCUGCAUAAAGAUGCCCUAUAUAAACAAUUGUCUAUUCAUAUUUUGUUUCCAAUGAUUUUGCUGAAUGUGAAGCUCAUGCUGUGAGAUGACAAUGUUUUGUAAAGUUUUAUGAGUUUCAUUUUCUUAGCCAUAUGAACAAUUAUGACACUGGCAUGGCACUUUGAAGUAUCUGAGGGUUGUCCAGAGUUUUUGGUUUUAUACAUUUAUACAGAUUAAUAUUCAUUUUGGUUUCAGAUGAUUUAACUAUCUUGCUUGUUGCUAUAUCUGUAUAAUUCCUGAGAUAGAUUUAAGCCGCCAAAUUUACCAGUGUUGUUUAACUCUGCUCACCACAGUUUGCUGGCACUUUAUGAAUUGGGCAUUACAUUGCAAAAUUACAAAAGCAGAAUGCCUUGUUUGCUCAAAUGUCUUUCCUAGGGGUGUCCCACAGGUUAUGAGAAACAAGUGUAUUGUUCUGUCUAGAUGUUUGUUGUGACAUCACAUGUAACAGUGCUUUUGUUAACCUAGCUGACAGCAAAGCAUUCCUCUGCAUCAAAUGACAAAUAGGAAUAUAUAACUGUCUCCUUGUGUGACAUUAAACAACAUCCUUUUUGGAUGGGUCCAACUGCAAGGGUAUUGUUCUCCAGCUCAUUUUGUUAAGAUUAUUUAUUUAUGAUGGCACCCCUACCUCGACAUUCAACAGCAAACCUUCAUGUAAACAUAAAAUGAAAAACAGUAUUGUAUAAUGUUCAAAUCUAGAUGUGAACACAAGUGCUUUUUUAAAAAAAAAUCUUAGAAUCCUUAAAUGUGAGUAGAAAACUGUUUGUGCUGUUUUUCAAUGUGGAUUUAUUGAAAAGUCAAGGCACUCGUCAGUCAGAUGAAAUAAUGUGCUGCAGUUGUCAAGAAGGUGUUGAAGAAAAACAAUCCUCAAAUGUAUUACAGUACCUAGUUUACAGUUUGUACAAUAU